AUGAAAGGUCUACUCUUCGCUCUCGUUGUUAUAACAGUUAUCGCUGUUUAUCAAGCAAUUCCACCACCGAAAAACCUUGGAAACGGAAAGGAACACGUGCGUAUCGUCAUGGCAAGCCGCUUCAAGAAGAAUGGUUUGGAAAAAGAGAUUAAAGACUACGGUUCACGGCUCGGAACCGUCAAGAAAGUGAAGGCUAUGAGUCACAUGAAUCAUUUCGAUUACAAAUUCGAUAUUUACAACGCAGACUGCAUCAAGGUGAUAAGCUGGAUGAAGGAUGUUGUGAAGAGCACGAAGGAUAUUGUAGGGGCGGCUUUGAAUUGUGAUCGCAAGUAUGGAACUUUCAUAACAAAGGACGCUACCAAAACCGUGGAUUUCAAAAAGAAGCAUAUUAUAUAA